CGCUCGUGGGUGCUAGAACGUAUUCCAACCAGUCUAAUCAGCUUCAUCACCUUAGUACUGAUUUUCUGUGCACAUAGUCGUUUCGCGCCGUUUGGUUUACCGAUUCGAUUUACAAUUUGAAUUUCAGUCCCUAGUUGACUUUAAAGGGAAACUGUUAUGUAAAUGUGACAUAAGUGUUUUUUGAUGAGUGUUUUUGUGUGAUUUGUGUCUCAUUUUUUGGAAAUUUUUACAAACUUGGCUAUCUCAGAGGUGCCAAGUUUGAACCGACAGGCGGGAUGAAAGGUUCGACUGUCGGCAGUGAGUCAGAAAUUUAAUAACUCUCAUCUAUCCUGCGACGAAUAACGAGUGGACUGACCCACUAUUCUGAUGACAUCUUGAACACCAUACGAACCACAAUGGUCAAGAUUCAGUGACGCACAAGAACCUGAAACUUGCAAACCUACAUAUCGGAAACGAGUAUCGAUUAUUUGUAACGACUCGAUAUAUCACUUAGAAUAGUCAUAUCACGCUUAUAAAAAUACGUUAGAGAACAAAGAAAAUAUCAAGAAAUAAAACAUAAGAGACAAGUAGCUGCCAAAAAAGCUGUGAUAAAUUGUCAUUAGUUCAAAAGACCUGUUUGCAAAUAAAUUUUCUGAACAGUCACAUAUCUACUCACGCAGUUUACAAUCAAUAAAAAAUAUAAAUCCUGAUAAUGCUUUUUGAAUUUUCUAUUCAGAACGCGAUUUCAUCUCAAUAUCGAUGGCAAAUUAUCGAUGAUCCUUCGAGUGUGACAGACAUCUAAUCGAAGAUAAUCGAUGCUUCAAUCUGGAAGAGAAUUGACUGGAGAAUCAGUAGAAAAAAUUUAAAGAAGAAUUUAAUAAAAAUUCUGCUAUAAAGUUAAUUACUCGUAGGUAUAUCACAGUGAAGUAAGAACCUGAAAAAGAGGGUUGAAGAGCGAUAAAAAAUUGAAUAAAUUCUGUCAGAAGAGAGAGCGGACAGAAGAUGAUGUUGAGGUAACGGAAGGCUAAAAAGCUCAAAAUCGAAGUGUUUACGACGACCCUUGUGUAGUUUUUUUUGCAAAAAGAAAAAGAGAAAAAGUCAUGGGUUUCCCACGAAGAAGGUCUCUGUGGCUGAAAAUUGCGGUACUGGCUGGAGCAGUUUGGAUCACCGUUUGUUUUCUCCUUUAUACGGAGGAUCGAGCCGCAGUAGGAGAUCAAGGUUUAGCGCCUUCGGCACUCGGAGCCCCUCAAGUUGCCAAUGGUUUUGUUCCACCAGCUCUUCCUUUGAGGAGAGAAACUCCUGGAAAUGGACAAAGCAAGCCUAAAGUCAACCAGGCUGGACCAGAACAAGGUGGUGGAGUUCUUUCAGCUCCUAAAGACCUGAAUGCAGCAGCACCUGGUGAGAUGGGUAGACCAGUUGUUCUACCAACGAAUCUCACUGCAGAAACCAAAAAACUUGUUGAUGAUGGAUGGCUCAAUAAUGCGUUCAAUCAGUACGCCAGUGAUCUGAUAUCUGUCCACAGGAAUUUACCUGAUCCACGAGACCAGUGGUGCAAGGAGCCUGAGAGAUACAAAAAGGAUCUUCCCCCCACAGCUGUGAUUAUUUGUUUUCAUAAUGAGGCUUGGUCUGUUUUAUUGAGAACGGUACAUUCAGUCCUGGAUAGAUCGCCCGAUCAUCUAAUUCAGGAAAUUAUCCUUGUUGAUGAUUUCUCCGAUAUGCCUCAUCUGAAACGUCAACUUGAGGAUUACAUGAUGAACUACCCCAAAGUGAGAAUCAUCAGGGCUCAAAAGAGGGAAGGUUUGAUCAGGGCUCGACUUCUCGGAGCUGGUGCAGCAAGAGCCCCAGUAUUGACCUACUUAGACAGUCACUGUGAGUGCACCGAAGGAUGGCUGGAACCGCUUUUGGACAGAAUUGCACAUGAUUCGACCACUGUGGUUUGUCCAGUCAUUGACGUUAUCGAUGAUACCACUUUAGAAUAUCAUUGGAGAGAUUCUAGUGGUGUUAAUGUGGGUGGAUUCGAUUGGAACCUCCAGUUUAAUUGGCACGCUGUUCCCGAACGAGAGAAAAAGAAACAUAAAAAUACUGCCGAACCAGUUUGGACACCGACAAUGGCGGGUGGAUUAUUUGCGAUAGACAAAGCGUUUUUUGAACGGCUGGGUACUUAUGACAGCGGAUUUGAUAUUUGGGGAGGCGAGAAUCUGGAACUGUCUUUCAAAACUUGGAUGUGUGGCGGUACUCUGGAGAUCGUGCCUUGCUCGCACGUCGGUCACAUCUUCAGAAAGCGUUCACCCUACAAGUGGCGCAGUGGCGUGAACGUGCUCAAGAGGAACAGUAUAAGACUGAGUGAAGUGUGGCUGGACGAGUAUGCCAAGUACUACUAUCAGAGGAUAGGUCACGACAAAGGAAACUAUGGUGACGUCUCCGACCGGAAGACUUUGCGGAAGAAGCUAGGCUGCAAGUCUUUCAAAUGGUAUCUGGACAAUAUCUACCCAGAACUUUUCAUUCCGGGAGAAGCAGUCGCGUCUGGCGAGAUAAGACAGCUCGCUAGUGGAGUGUGUAUAGACUCGCCAGGAAAACCAGAGGACCUGCACCAACCCGUAGGCCUUUGGCCCUGUCACGGCCAGGGUGGCAAUCAGUACUGGAUGCUGAGCAAGACUGGAGAGAUACGCAGGGACGAGUCCUGUUUGGAUUACAGUGGAACUGAUGUGAUCCUGUACCCUUGCCAUGGCAGCAAGGGCAAUCAACAGUGGGUUUACAAUCAACAGACAAAGCAAAUUAGACACGGAAGCAGUGACAAGUGUUUGGCGAUCACAGAGAGCAAACAGCGACUUUUAAUGGAGGAAUGCUCUCCAUCUUCACUGAGACAGAGGUGGUCUUUUGAAAAUUACGACCCAUCGAAGUUGUGAUAUCACAUAUUUUCUCGCCACGAAUCAAGACCAGUUCCCGGUUCAGACCCCGCCGGAUUUUGGAUUUCCGGGCAUCGUUAUUCCGUCGCCAGGACGCGAUUCGGAAGAUAGAUUUCCGCAACCGAAGUUGCAGAAACUUUGCUUAUAGACAAACAAAAAUAAUUCAAAACAGGUAAAUCGUAAUUGGUAGCGUGAGAAGAAAUGAGGAGAAUUUUUGGAGAUCAUAAAACGAUUCACCAGUUAGCUUAUCUAUAAAGCUUUGUUCCUCAAUUUUUGAUAAUGAUGAACUCUGAACAAUGGAUCAUGAGUGGCCCCCAACAGUCUGAGUUAAGUCCCUGCGGAGAAAUAAGACGAAGAACUAUACUUCCUUAGAUUUAAUAAGUGAGAUAACUAUAGAAUAUCGAUACUUUUGCCACACGGAAUAAAACGAUUUCUUGAUAUUGAAAAAGUUCUUCUGCAGACGUUUUUCUUCCUUCAGCUGACAAUUUUAAUUGUGAGUUUGAAGAAAAAAAAGUGUAUCUCCAAAAAGAAGAGGAAAAUUUGUAAAUAAAAAUACACUGACUGUGACAUUGAGCUGAAAGUGAUGCUCUUGGAACUUUUGUUAACGUCAUUUUAUAUCUUGGUAAUUUGGGCGAUCCACGACAACAAUGCCAAUGUUUCCACCUUGUGCUACU